AUGGCGAACGAAAAAUCUUUUGUUGCUCCAGUCCAAACGGGAUUGUACGUGGGUAACAUUCCGUUGAAUGCAUACCCCGAACCAAUUAUUGAUGAUAAAUUUGCGCAUGCAUUUAACCACUCAACGCGAAAGACCCUCAAGUUCAUUGCUCCAACUCUACAAAAUGGAGAGGUGAUUGUGAGACCGACUUUAGACACUAUCCGAAACGGGUCUAAACGAUGGAAAACUACCGCGGUCGGAUAUUUUUUGGGGAAACGCCCAUACUUUCGCCAUUUGAAGGAAUACGCGGUAUCAGUUUGGCCGGGUUUAAGAGAGUCAGUCGCAGAUAUGGAAGAUAUUAAUGAAGGAGGGCCAUGGCUGUUCCAGGGGCAGCCUAUUGUUCUUCGAAAAUGGGAGCCGGAAAUGGUUCUGAGAAAACUUAAACAUACACAGGUUCCUGUCUGGAUCAAAUUGCGCCACCUUCCGGUGGAGUUGUGGACAGAGGAGGGACUCAGCAUAGUGGCUAGUGGAGUGGGUAAACCUUUAUACCCGGAUGUGAUCAUGAGAGCAUGCACGAGACUGGAUUUCGCUCGUGUAUGCGUUAUGCUGGAUGUGAAUUCGAAAAUGCCAAAGCACAUUAUUAUUAUGACACCGGAUGAGGAAGGAGGAGAAUUACCGUGCAAAAUUGAUGUGGAGUAUGAAUGGCUACCCCCGAGGUGCACCAGCUGUAUGACAUUGGGACACUCAGCCAAGGAGUGCAUUGUCAACAAACCCAAAUCUAUCAAACCACCGGUUAAUGUGUAUGUACCAAAAGUGGGAGCACUGCGAGGCCCAAUGGUGACUGAAAGAACAAGAGACCACCCAACACCUCACACUGUGGAGAAGCAGACAGAAGACCGUGGUACCCGUCCAACUGCAGCGGGACCCAGUCGGGAAGAGAGAGUCAGGGAUCUCAGUGAGGGUGAAUGGUACACAUGGCAUAAUCGUAGUGUUAGCCCUCGCAACUUGUGGAAGCGACUUGAUCGUAUGCUAACCAAUGAUACAUGGACUUUGCGGUUUCCAUCAGUAUUCUACCAAUGCCUCACUCCACGGACAUCGGAUCACUCGCCGAUGGUAGUUAAUGGGGAUAAUCAGCAGCGAUUUGGAGGUAUGUUCCGGUUUGACAACUUCCUUACUCUAUCACCAGAUUUUAUUCCUAGCGUGCAGAGUAUAUGGCAGCAACAAAUAGUGGGAGUGCCUAUGUUCUCAGUGACCCGAAAACUCAAGGCACUCAAACCUAUUUUUCGAGAACAGAGGAGAAAUAAAGGGGAUCUUUCUCACAAUGUUGAGUUGGCAAGGGGGUUCCUGGAGCAGGCCCAAGUGUUGGCGGCCGAAUUAGAGAGGAUCAUGUUACAGCAGAGGGCAAAGAUGGAAUGGAUGAAGGGUGGUGACCAGUGCUCCAGAGUGUUCUUUCGUAAAAUUGCCCAAAGAAGGACAGCUAGACGAAUCUUGCAAAUUAAUGAUGCCCAAGGAAUUACAAUUACGGAACCAAAUGCAGUCAUACAUGAAUUCAUAUCCUAUUAUCAAUCCUUACUAGGGGGAGACAGGCGUCAGAGGGUGAUGGACCUUCGGUUUCUUCGGCCUUGGGCGAGACAUAUUAUAACAACUGAGGAGGCAGGCCACCUACUUGAACUGUUUAGUGCAGAGCAUAUAAAAAAAUCCAUUUUUGACAUCGGCGAGGAUAGAGCACCUGGACCUGAUGGGUAUUCAUCAGGAUUCUAUAGAAACGCCUGGCCGGUGGUGGGACAGGAGAUAACGAAGGCAGUACUGGAGUUCUUCGCUAUGGGGAAGCUUCUUAAGCAUAUUAAUAGCACAAUAUUGACAGUUAUCCCCAAGGUACACUCUCCCACAUCUGUUGCAGAUUUUCGCCCUAUCUCCUGCUGUAACGUACUUUAUAAAAUCAUUGCUAAACUUAUUCUCCAAAAAUUGAGUGUGAUAUUGGACAAGAUUAUCAGCCCCUGCCAGGCAGCGUUUGUCCCUGGCCGGAGCAUAGGGGACAAUGUUAUGUUAGCACAGGAACUCUUCACUGGUUACAAUCAGGCCCGACUCCCACCGAGAUGUGCUUUGAAAGUUGAUAUUUGGAAGGCGUAUGACACUAUCGAGUGGGAUUUCUUGCUAUCGGUGCUUCAGCUAUUAGGUUUCCCAGAGAUUUUCAGACGAUGGGUUGAGGAGUGUAUCAGCUCACCUUCCUUUUCGAUGGGAAUGAACAGAAAGCCACAUGGAUAUUUUGCGGGUGCCAGAGGGCUUCAACAAGGCGACCCCUUAUCGCCAUAUCUCUUCGUCCUUGUGAUGGAGGCUCUACACAUGGGAAUGCUACAGCUAAUCGAGCAGGACAUGAACUUCGCAUUUCAUUGGAAGUGUGACGAUAUUAGAAUCUUCCAACUGGGGUUCGCUGAUGACUUACUCCUAUUCUGCCGGGCCAAUACUGCAUCUGUUCGGGUCUUCAAAUCCGGAUUAGAUAGAUUUGCUGAUUGGUCGGGGUUACGCCUCAAUGUUGAAAAAAGCCACAUCAUCAUAUCCCGAUCAGCCCAGAACAUACGAGAGGAGCUACUUGCGGUGUUGGGGUUUCAGGAAGGCCACUUACCGAUGAGGUAUCUGGGUCUACCAUUGAUCUCUUCUCGAUUAUCUAUCGCCGACUGCCAACCAUUACUGAGUAAGAUCGAUACACGUAUCAAUGGUUGGGAGGGAUUGGCACUGUCAUAUGCCGGCAGGGUACAAAUCAUUAAGUCUGUUCUUGUGGCUAUGGCUGUAUAUUGGGCUUCAGCAUUUAUUUUGCCAAAAGGGGUCAUUAAAGAUAUUGAGAAGCGAUUGCGAGCUUUCUUAUGGAGAGGUACCGGAAAUAGUGGAUACCCUAAAGUUGCAUGGAAGGAGAUUUGCAAACCGAAGGAGGAGGGAGGACUUGGCCUUAAGGAUAUGGGAACUCUUAAUCGAGCAUUGAUGUGCAAAAAGCUAUGUGAAGUCAUCCGAUGUGAUAGGACUUCUAUCUGGGUCGAGUGGCUGCGGCAUGGCAGACUUCGAGAUGAUUCGAUAUGGACUAUCCUGGAGAAUCGUGGACCAUGGGGAUGGAGAAAAAUGUUGAGGUUGAGAGGCUGGUUACGCUCAGUGGUGGAAUAUCGUAUUGGUGAUGGAAGUGAUUUUUUCUUAUGGAAGGAUCCCUGGCAUCACCUUGGGCCCCUCCUUGAUAGAUUUUCGCUAGGACCAAACAGUCUGGGAUUGCAUGAGUCUACCAUGUUAAGCUCGGUUAUCUCUAUCCUGGAGAAGCUUGCAACGACGGAAAAACCAUGGCUCUCCCAUCUUGGGUGCUGCGUGCUAUGCAAUGAAGACAUGGUGGAGUCACAUAACCACCUGUUUUCCACUGCAGAUUUAGUAGGAGAUGCCUCAGUAGUAUUCGGUGCAUUGUACGAUUCCAGUGGCCUAAUAGGGAUUGGGUCAGUGAUGUUGAAUGGGGAGCAAGAAAAUGGCGUGGGAAGCACAUCAUCAAUAUACCUACCGAUGCCUGCUUGGAUCGUGUGUAUACCGUAUUUGGAGGGAGAGAAACCUGAGACGUUUUGA